CUCUCUCUCUCACCCCUCUCCCUCCCCCCAUGAGGAAGUCAUGAGUAAGGAGGCUCACCCAGCCUCAGUGUGCAGUAGGCUUGAGUGGUGAGUGUUCCCUUGUGUCGGCCGAGACUCACCGCUGAAUAUACAGACGUGAUGGCCUGGCGUAUGGUGAUGAUGGUGACGGCAGUGAUGUGUAUGGUGACGGAGGCCGCCGGGGACAUGGAGGUCACCAUCAGAGACCUGUUUGAGGCACCAUUGGGGGUCGAACAGGGGAGGUUUUUUCUUAGUUACGACCCAGCGGAGGCUUUCAACACCUCUGUGGGGUUCACUCUCCCCUUCUUCUCCUUUCUUCAGCCAGGCGCGGCCAGUUUCGAAGCUGCCGGGUUGAAUAUGAUUUCCUUCGGGAUCUACGGGUUUCUAUCGUGGUUCAUGCUGGGAGCCGUGGGCGUGGCUAUUUAUAAUACCGCUCAGGUGACGCCGUCCAGCAGAGAGAGAUCCGAUAAUCUGUUCUUCCGUGGGGCGUCACUGAAUUGGCUCGUUAAGGAGUCAGUCUCGCGUCUCCCAGAUGUUCUGUGUUUGAGGAGCUGUUUGAAGCAGUCCAUAUGUAGCGUCUACGGUGAUUCAGAGAGCUAUGGCUUCCUCAUCUUGGCAUCCGGGAUCUUCCUGCCGUACUCCCCGAAGACACCUGAAGAGCAGUUGACGGAGUUCCAGAAAGCGGCGAGAUACGGACAGGAAGACGGAAGUGACUGUCCAUACGAGUAUCCCUGUGUCGUCAAGCCCCUCGACCUCCUCCUCUACAUCUACGACUACUGGUACGACGACCCCAGAGGUCGUUCACAGGUGCUCUGAACUUCGUCGAGGACGCCCAGUCAACAGGUGCUUCCACUCUGGGCGGCUAACUAUCCUACACCUGCACCUUUGUAAUGAUGACCUCUGUCGCGAGAAGAAUCUUGCAAACGACAUUUGCAACAUCACCUUUCUCUCGUUCUGGAUAUCGUUUCGACCCUUGGUUCUCCCGCGACCAACCUGAUAUCUGAGCAGAUAUCCAGUUGUGAUAAACAGACGAUGAGUCACAAUAACGUGGCUGAAGUAUGUUGACCAGACCACACACUAGAAGGUGAAGGGACGACGACGUUUCGGUCCGUCCUGGACCAUUCUCCAUUCGGCUCACAAUCGACUUGAGAAUGGUCCAGGACGGACCAAAACGUCGUCGUCCCUUCACCUUCUAGUGUGUGGUCUGGUCAACAGUUGUGAUAACCGUCGAGAGGCAAAUAUAUUAUGAUAUCAUUGUUCAAAUGUUGCUCUACAGUAGCUGGGAUGUGUCAUGUCAUUGUGUUGUGGCUGGGGUGUGUGUAUGACUCAUCAUACUCCAGUGAGUAUGAUGAGUCAAAAACGAGUAUGAUGCAAAGUAAAUGCAUGAUAUAAUAACCAAAUAGAGCUUCGACCCCACACACGAGAAGGCUACCUACCUUGAGGCUACCUUGAGGUGCUUCCGGGGCUUAGUGUCCCCGCGGCCCGGUCGUCGACCAGGCCUCCUGGUUGCUGUACUGAUCAACCAGGCUGUUGAUCAGGAGUCCCAGGUUCGACUCUCCCAGUGCCCAGGUGAACGACAUGACCUGAUCAUAAUAAAUGCAAUUAAUAAAAAAUGUAUAAUGUU